UAUUCAAAACAAUGGUGAUGUAUGGACGUUUUCAUAAUCCGAGGCGAGUAUUAGAGGCGAGAUUGGUUGAAUGGAGGAUGUGCGGCGCGCGUGCGCGGAUCGCAGGUCGAUAGUGGUGACGUCAGUGGAAGACAGGCCUCAGUCAGCCGCUGCCGGCCACAGCGUUAUCAUGUGGUUGCAAUGCGUGGCCGUGACGGUCCUUAUAGCCGCGGCUACAUCCUCCGAGGUCUUUACCAACUCGUUCCUGGUGCGGUUCAAGCGGUCGGUGGGGCACGAGGAGGCGAGUCAGGUCGCGGCGCGCCACGGCUUCGACAGCCUCGGCCCGCUGCUGGGUUCCGACACGGACUGGCAUUUCGCGCACCGGGGCCUCCCGCACGCGCGCCCGCGCCGCUCCAUCUCGCACACCAGGCUGCUGAAACAGCACCCUCUUAUCCACACAGCAGUCCAGCAGCCCGGCUUCAAGCGAGUAAAACGCGGGUUCCGCCCCCUCCGCCUGCCGGAGACUGCGCCCGCUGACGAACCUAGGGACCCCUACUUCCCGCUACAAUGGUACUUGAAGAACACGGGGCAAAACGGCGGCAAACCCAAGCUGGACCUCAAUGUGGAGGCGGCCUGGGCGCAGGGGUACACGGGUGUCAACGUCACCACCGCCAUCAUGGAUGAUGGUGUGGAUUACAUGCACCCAGAUUUGAAAUAUAAUUACAAUGCCGAGGCGUCGUACGACUUCAGCAGUAACGACCCGUACCCAUACCCGCGGUACACGGACGAUUGGUUCAAUAGCCAUGGCACGAGGUGCGCCGGAGAGGUGGCCGCGGCGCGCGACAACGGCGUCUGCGGCGUCGGCGUCGCGUACCACUCUAAAGUUGCCGGAAUCCGGAUGCUCGACCAGCCUUACAUGACGGACCUCAUAGAGGCCAACUCGAUGGGACACGAGCCCCACAAGAUCCACAUCUACAGUGCGUCGUGGGGCCCCACGGACGACGGACGCACCGUCGACGGCCCUAGGAAUGCCACUAUGAGAGCCAUCGUCAGGGGAGUCAAUGAGGGUCGCAAUGGUUUGGGCAACAUCUACGUGUGGGCGAGCGGCGACGGGGGCGAGGACGACGAUUGCAACUGCGACGGCUAUGCUGCCUCCAUGUGGACCGUCUCUAUUAACAGCGCCAUCAACGAUGGCCAGAACGCACACUACGACGAGUCCUGCUCCUCCACUCUGGCUAGCACGUUCAGUAAUGGUGCAAGGGACCCAAGCACCGGUGUAGCUACCACUGACUUGUAUGGCAAGUGUACGGCGACACACUCCGGGACGUCCGCGGCGGCGCCCGAGGCUGCUGGAGUCUUUGCUCUGGCGCUUCAUGCCAACCCGAGUUUAACUUGGCGGGAUAUUCAGCAUCUGACCGUGUUGACUUCAAAGAGGAACUCACUUUACGAUGCAAAGGGUCGCUUCCACUGGACGAUGAACGGGGUCGGGCUGGAGUUCAACCAUCUCUUCGGGUUUGGUGUUCUAGACGCCGGGGCUAUGACGGCGUUGGCUGCCAACUGGCGUUCCGUACCGCCGCGGUACCACUGCGAGGCUGGCUCCGUCAACACUCACACUAAAAUCCCGUCAGAGGGCAGUAUCUUUCUCCGCAUCGAGACGACGGCGUGCGGCGGCUCACCCAGUGAAGUCCGCUACUUGGAGCACGUGCAGGCCGUGGUCAGCGCCAACGCCACGCGCCGCGGAGACCUGGAGCUGUUCCUCACCAGCCCCAUGGGCACGAAGUCGAUGAUCCUGAGUAGGCGAGGCAACGACGACGACAGCCGGGACGGCUUCGCCAAGUGGCCGUUCAUGACCACGCACACCUGGGGCGAGUACCCACAGGGCACGUGGACUUUAGAGGCUCGCUUCAACGGCGGCUCCUCCCCGUCGCAAGCCUCGGGCUGGCUGCGCGGCUGGUCGCUCGUGCUGCACGGCACGCGCGCGCCGCCCUACGCGCAGCUGCAGCCGCAGGACCCGCACUCCAAGCUCGCCGUCGUCAAGAAGGCGCAUGAGGACGCCCAGCAUUAGACACAUCGGGCCCGCCGUAGCUGAAGGAAAGAUCGGGAGGGCUAGCCGAGUGACAAUCGUUCCUAGAAAAUGCCAAACGAAACUUAAAUAAUCAAUGCAAGUGAUUACGUCAUCCCGACAUUUUUACUUUUAGGAUGGCGUUGUCGAUAUACGAUUGUCAUCUUGGCUGCGGCUCCAUUUAUGCUCGGGUUUACCGUUAUCAAAUAAAAUGUUAGGACGUGUAAAGUUGAAGAAUAUGACACGGAAUUGUCAAUCGUGAAAUUUUGAUAGGUAACUAAAGUGACCGCAAAAUGUACGAAUGUACGAACCCUGUCAAUUCGAAUCGAACAGAUACGUCUUAAACUUUAUACGUCUAAUACAAUAAAUACUGAGCGUCCGCACCUGACGAGAGACAGUUUUUGACUCAACUCUGGCCGAAAUGGAAACCCAUCUUGUGGACACAGGCAUGCGCCGUGGGCAAACCUCGUCGUUGACCAGUUGCGGACUUUUUCAGGUUCCUGGUACAGUAAUUACGAGUCUCGAUAGAUACGUAAAAUUUACAAGGUGAUUCAAUUACUUAUAACGGUAAACGCCAUCAUACUUCAAGGCACACGUUUAACACGCACCAAAGAAAAGCUUACUAGUUAGCGGUAUUUAGAGAAUAUUGAAGGGGUUUCAUCCACCGGCCAGUUGGAAAGGAAGAUAAGGAUUUAUCAGUGAGUGGCAAAAACUAAAUUAAAGACACGUCAAUAUUUUCUGCUGAAUAUUUUAAGUGAACGUUGAAUAGGUAUAGAAACAUGAUUAGUAGGUACCUACAGAACAUUGAACAAAGGUAUCUCAGUAAUUAUAUUUCAAUUGUUUAACAGAAAAAAUAUACCUACAAAGUCGUCAUUCACUUUAAAAAUGUGAAAAAAUCAGUACUGGCGCUAAUUAUUGUGGUAGCGCCUUCAUUUGUGGGGUCGGAUUAAAAGAUGCUAGACUAAUGCGUGUUAAUGCGUGCUGCUACUACGUGCAUGCUUACUACGGCGGAAAAGGACUUUAUUUUGUGUAUGAUUAAAAAGUAAAGGUUGAAAAAUAACAGGCGCAUAAAAUUACAUUUUAAUGUAAACUUGUAACGCGAUCUGAUCUCAGGCUAUGUUGAUUGGUUUAUGAAAAAGUUUAAAAGAAUAACUUGGGAAUGUGUUAGCCGCUAAAUCAGUCUAGUCAGUUUUGGAGAACUAUUAAUACUGGUAAAGUCGAGAGAGCUAUUGUUGCGAAAGGUACAGACCAAGUGGUGAUGGGUGAUCUAAUCAGAGUCUAGCAAACGAGUUUAUCAUCAGAAUUUACUGCUUCUGUUAGUGAAAAUGUGUGGAUUUUUUUGAAUGAAAAAUUAGAUUUCAUAUCUGAACGUAGAUGUGCUCUAAGUAACGUAAAACAUAUUUGACAACAAACUAGUAUACGACCGAUGAAUUGAUAACUCCUUUGCAUCUUUCGUUGUUCCUUGUGUCAUUAUAUUAUUUGUCAUAGUCAUAAUAUAAAAACAGUGUCCUUUAUGAAUAUCUUUGAGAUAGGCACAAUGAAUUAAACUAUACUUUCCAUUUUUAGCAUUCUAUACAUUUUUUUUAAUACUACGUCGGUGGCAAACAAGCAUACGGUCCGCCUGAUGGUAAGCAGUCCCCGUAGCCUAUGUACGCCUGCAACUCUAGAGGAGUUACAUGCGCGUUGCCGACCCUAAACCCCCACCCCCCUCGUUGAGCUCGUCGUCGUUGACAUUCGAGCCAAGAUUAAAACAAUUUAUAAAAACAAUAUAUUAAAGCAGUUCUUUAUAAUGUUACGAACGUAUAGUGCAAAAAGGAAGAGUUGGUGACCAUAAUAUCCAAAGUUAACUCCAUGCGACUAAUGUUUAUUUAUAAUUUGAAUGUAUUGGUAAAUCUGUAGAUUUAUGAACCAAUUACCAGCAACCAUCUUUUAUUCAGAAAAUAACAUGCUUUUAGUAAGCAUAUUUCGCAGUUUUGUUUUUAAUAGUUUAAUUUUUUUAGAAUUUAAAUAAUUUACUCAAUAAAAUACUUCAUAGCAUGGAGUGUCGGCCACAAUUUUCAACAUUUUUUACAACAUACCUAUGGUUAAAGGUUUUGUAUCAAUUUAUAAAAAUAUACCUACAGAAAAAAAAUGUGAAAGUUGUGGCCUUUAUUUUUAAAGCAUAGCAGGAGGAGAAUUAUUGUUGGUUGGAAUAAUUCUUACUCAUAUUAAUUUAUUUAUCGUAAAAAUAAUUAAAUUCUGUAGGCGUGAGUUUUUCACUUUAAUGGCGGACUUUAAUUCUUAAUAGUUUUUAUUUUAUUUUAACAUUUACAAAUUAUAUUUGAUUAUGUAUAUUCAAUAUCUACUUACUUGCAAUAUUUAAUUUAAUUAUAAUUUAAACUGAUAUCUAUCGUAUUUUGCUGAUGAGAGGUGUGAGAAAUUUACCUACCUUUUAACAAUUCAUUAUUUGGCUUUAGUUUUUGGAUGAUACGACAUAUCAAAAUGUAGGUCCAUUAAUUUAAUUAUCAAGCAAAACAUUCUAUUUUAUGGUGGACCAUAAACAUAUUUUGUCAAAUAUCUGUAAAAAAUUGCUUGAUACUUCAGGUCCAAUAUUUCUUACAAAUCGUUUGAUUUUUAAUACGCUUAUAAUUUUCAGUUUAUCGAGAUAAAUGUUUCCAUCUCGUUUUAACGUUUUUAAGUUUUUAAGAGUUUAUUUUUGUUUGAUGGUUUCGUUUAAAUAAUCAAAUGGACGGCAUUUGUCCCAGCCAAAUGACGUCCAUUUGACGGUGUCCGAUUUUCGUGGCGCAUCCUCCGUGUCACCCAGCGUGCGCCAGGAAGAUGGAGGAUUCAUAGCAUAGACGUUAUUGUUACUGGCAUAAGUAUAUAUAAUAAAGAUAUUUAUAAACAUAGAGGUAAUUAUGCGAUCAGAGAACUUCCUUUCGGGCCCAGUGAACAUGAUUAUUUACGAUUACCUCUGGCUCCUUAUAUAUUUUCUUAACAUAAUAUUUUUAUUAUUAAAUACAAUAAAUAAAAAACAAUUUAACGUGUUUUUCAAUUCUUAUUACCAAUUGAAAAUGAAACUGUGUACGCUCCGGUGUGAUUAACUUGCACGGUUCAUUGCUGGUUAGGUAAUCGUUAGAACAUAAAAUUAUAUAAAGAAAUCUAUUAUGUACCUACUAAGAAAUAUAUAGAAAAUAUAAUGUGAUUUGGUGUUGUAUAUGAAUUAAAUGAUGUUUUUGUAAUUGCUACUCCUUUCCCUUUCUUACUGUUCAUGCAAGUAUCCCGAGGUAGUAAAAUCUAUAAUAAAGAUAUAUUUGAAAGUUUU